AACAGAAGCAAAAGAUUUACCGGUUCAGUGGGAAUGGAGAGCAAAUCCGGAUCAAUGGAUUCCUUACGAUUUGGCAUCAUCAUCUGAGCUAGAAGAAGCAUUUCAACAAAAAAAAGCAACGAUCAUUCCUAGACAGGGUUACUUUGCCUCAAUACCUGAUCGAUAUGAGAUUCGGUUUAACUAUGUCACGGGACGUUUCCAACAGUAUAAUAUUUCGAGUGGUGGUAUGAGGAGAGUUAGAAGGAUUGCAAGCGACGAUAAUUCGAUUCUUCAGCCCGUUUCAUUUGAAACUGUUACAUCUGAAGAUUGUUGUAUUAUAUGCCUCGAUUCUUUUCAAGAUCCGGAUACCACGACUUCGGAUCAAUGUGUCGUUAAGCUACCUCCUUGUCAUGGACAUUAUUUUCACCGAGCAUGUGUCGCAGCCGCCAUUAAAUUGAAAGAUGAAUGUCCAAUGUGUAAAAGAAGGAUUGAUUAUUAA